UGUGGUUUGUGCGGCAAAGUUUUUAGUAACGUGCAAGAGCUGGAGGCUCAUGAACAAUUACAUACCAGUCACAAACCCUACGCUUGUCGAUUUUGUGGAGAAAGAUUUUCUAAAGUCUCGAUAAGGAUCUCUCACGAGCGCAUUCAUAUGGGCGAGAAGCCAUACGUGUGCGCCAUUUGUGGAUUAACCUUCACUCGGAAAUAUAGUGUGAGAGUGCACAUGAGAAGAAAGCAUGUGGAUGGAGCUUGUUUGUGCAGAUACUGCGGGAAGACGACCUUUGAUUUGCAAAGCUUGAAAGACCAUUUGCUGAUUUCAACCCAAUCAAAAGACAAAGAAUGGUGCCGUCUGUGUGAAAAAGAUAUUCCCAAGUCCUUUCUUCGAUAUCAUGAAAGAAUGCAUGCGGAUCAGAAGCCAUUUGAGUGUCCAUUGUGUAAGAAGCGUUUUGGAUACAAGAACAACAUGAAGAGCCACAUGAAGCUUCAUGCUGGAAUCAAACCAUAUCAAUGCCACAUCUGUGGCGCAAAGUUCACACGUGGCUCCACCCUCAGAAGACAUGCUAGACGACACGGCAUAGUAACUGACAGCAUGUUUCGUUGUAGCCACUGUUACAGUUUUUUUGCUGAGUAUGCAAUGUAUAGGAUUCAUCAGAAGUUACACGCCAGAGACGUGGCACACCCUUUCAUGUGCCCAUCUUGUGGGGAAGAUUGCUAUGAUAGAAUGUACUUUUCUCUGCACUUGGCAGAACAUUUAAAA